AUGAAAAUCGUCAUUAGUGCCUGUCUCUUAGGCGUUCGCUGCCGGUACGACGGUGGCGACAGCCGAAACGACACAGCAAUAAAACAAAAAGAAACGGACGAACUGAUCCCUGUCUGUCCGGAAGAGGCAGGUGGGUUGUCAACGCCGCGCCCGCCCGCGGAGAUUGUCGGCGGCGAUGGGGAUGAUGUCUUAAAUGGCAAGGCAAAAGUAAUGACUGCUGAUGGCACAGACGUGACGGAGGCAUAUUUGAAGGGCGCGCAGCACGCUUUACAGGUUGCACAAUCUCACGGGGCAACUCAGGUGAUUCUCAAAGCAAGGAGUCCAUCCUGCGGGUGUGGGGAUAUCUACGACGGGACUUUCUCAGGCACACUCACGACCGGCGACGGCGUGACCACUGCCCUCCUAAAACGCCACGGUAUUACCGUCACCUCUCUGUAA